AUAGAAAUUCUCUUUCCUCUAAUAAAUCUCAUAGAUUUUUCUGUGGCAUUCUUAAUACUUUCUUAUUUAACUCCUCUAAUAGUCGUACUCUGUCAUAUUUUAUUUAAUAUCUAUUUAUAAGUUUAAACUCAGAUUAUAAUUGCCCUGCCUUUUUUUUAAGUCGUUCCAUUGCUCAAACUAUAAAAAAUAAUAUUUUUAUUGGAUAUAGUGUGGUUUUUGAAGUCGAAAUGUCGUUAUUUCGUAAACCUAAGAAGAUACAGCGUCGUGUGUUCUGCGCUGACGAUGAUGACGAGGUAGAGGCAGAACCGGAGCCUCCACCACCGCCGAUCAUCAGUUACGAGAAGAAAGAGAGCAAGCCGAGCAAGAAAACCAAGUCACUUCUAAGUUUUGUUGACGAAGAGGAGGAUGGUGAAGUGUUUAAAGUGAAAAAGUCAUCACAGAGCAAGAGACUCGCCAAGCUCAGGGAGAAGGAGAAGCGUCGGGCUCCAGAUGGUGAUAAUAAUAAAUAUGACAAUAAUGUUACUGAGGACAAGUCAAACAAUAUCGAGAAUGAACACAAGCCGAAAUCGAAGCAGAAAGUGACCUUGGAAGGGCUGAUACUCUCUGGGCGCGAGGCUCUGGCUGCGGACGGGGCGGGGGACGUGUCCGAUGAUAGUGUAGUGGAGGAAGAGGAGGACAGUAGGGGGUUCCACCAGUACCGAGCGGAGUCGGUGAGGGCUGCGCUGGCGGUGGCGCCCGGACACAUACCCGACGCAGCGCUCAUCCACGCGGCUCGCAAGACCCGACAGCAGGCGCGCGAGUUUGGUGAUUUCGUGCCGCUGCAAACUGAAUCGACGCCGGGUUCGAGGCUUGUCCGUGACGACGGCUCUGGCGACGAGGACGACGAUGAAGGCCGUCUGCACGUCAGGGGACUUGAAUUGCCCAGCGACAAGCCGAAACGUGGAACGGCGGCCGCCGCAUCAGAAGAUGAGUUGGAUAGUGAAGGCGAGGUGUGGGUGGAGCAACAGAUGCAGAAAGCUAUGCCAGCCAUUACAGAUAUCACUGGUGACGGCGUGGAAUUGAACCCGUUCGCGGUGGCGCCGCCUCCGCCCCCGCCGCGGCUGCACGAGUCGCCGCACCUGCGGCCGCUGGCGGCGCCCGGCCGGCAGCCGGCCUCCGCACAGGACCUCGUGCACGCCUUGCAUCACCGGCUGGAGGAGCUGCAGAUGGACCGGGACGAGACGCGCGCGCGCCGCGACGAGGUGGUGCGGCGGCUGCAGGCGGCGGCCGCGGCGCGCCGCACGCGGGCCGCGCGCCGCGCCGGGCUCGACGCCGCCUACCGCCGCGCGCAGGCCGCCCGCGGCUACCUCACUGACCUCGUCGAGUGUCUCGACGAGAAGAUGCCGGCGCUGCAGGCGCUGGAGGCACGCGCGUUAGCGCUGCAUCGGCGGCGCUGCGAGUUCCUGCAGGAGAGGCGCCGCGCUGACGUCCGCGACCAGGCGCAGGACGCGCUCGCGCUUGCCGCACGGCCCGGCGCCGCGAAGCCCGUGGAUUCAGAGGAGAAGAUACGUCGCGCGGCCGAGCGAGAGGGCAGGAGGAGAGCGAGACGGCUGCAGCGCGCGGCGGCGGCGGCCGCGGCCGGCGCCACCCCGCGACACCGCGACGGAGACUCCAGCGACGACGACCUCCCGCCCGCAGAGCACCAGCACUACCAGCAGGAGAGAGAGACGAUCAAGCAGAUGUCGUCGUCGCUGUUUGCGGACGCGCUGCCGGCGUGGCGCAGCGUGGCCGGCGUCUGCGCACGUCUCGCACGCUUCCGGCGACGCUCACGAGCACUCUACUGCGACGCGUACGUCGCGCACUGCCUGCCGCAGCUGCUCGCGCCGUACGUGCGCCACCAGCUUAUAUUAUGGAAUCCGUUAGCUGACGAAGAUAAUGAGGACUACGAGAAAAUGGACUGGUACAAAUGUCUGAUGAUGUACGGAGUCCGGGCCGAGCGGCUGUCUAGUGAGUCUGAGCAGUCGGAUGAUGAGGAGGAAGCAGAGGAUGUUACGGUUACAGAGACCUCGGUGCGGGAAGAUCCUGACCUGUACCUAGUGCCGACCAUCAUCAACAAACUCGUACUGCCUAAGCUUACAGAGCUGGUGGAGCAGGCGUGGGACCCGAUGUGUGUGCGCGCGUGCGUCCGGCUGCGGCACCUCGUACUGCGCGCCGCCGGCCUGCCGCCGCCGCCCGCCGCCGGACCGGACCCCGCGCCCGGCUCCGGCCCCGGCUCCGGCCCCGGCCCCGGCUCCGGCCCGGACACCGCCGCGCCGGCGCCUCCGUUACGACGGCUAGCGCUCGCCGUGCGCGCGCGGCUCGCAGCCACGAUCAACGCAGAUGUCUUCUUACCCACGCUGCCUCCACAAGCGAUGGAGGGUGCGGGCGGUCUGUUCUGGCGGCGGUGUGCUGGCGGCGCCGUGCGGCUGCUGCGCGGGACGCUGGCGCUCGCCGCGCCGCCCGCCCUGCUGCGUGCCGACGCGCUCGUGCUCGCCCUGCUCGAGACGGUGUGCUGCGCGGCGGGCGCGGCUGCUGCGGGCGGGGGCGCGGGCGCGGGGGCGGUGGCGGCGGCGGGGGCGGCGGCCGCGCUGGCUGCGUCGCUGCCACGUGCCGGCCAGCUGCGAGCACGUGCGCUGCCGCGACUGGCCGCGCUCGCACAACACGUGCUGCAAUACCUGCACUCGGACAAUCCCAUGCACCUAAAAGCACUGGAACAGGCCAGAAGUUUAAUAGCAGAAGCUCGCGCGUUAGAAUGACCCAACGAGUUUUCUCCAAGCGCCUCAUCCCGCAAUUUUAAAGAUUAUCGUAUAUAAUUUCGAAUUAAUUACCUUGAAGUGUACCGACGCCUUUUGCAUACCAAAUUAUAUAUAUAUAUAUUUGUUAUUCAGAUAUACAUUUUAUAUAUUUCGGUGGUGUAGCGGUCGAGCACAGUACUUGACUUUCAAUUGUCGCUGGUUCGACUCCUCGUACGUUACAAAUAAUUGUAUUGAUUAGUAUGAUUGAUUGUAUGUAUAUUAUGUAGGUAUUUACAAAAAUAUUGUAUUUAUGUAAUUUCUACCAGUUGUCUAGUACCCAUAACAUACGCUAUGCUUAGUUUGGAACUGGAUGGUGCUGUGUGAUUAUUAUCUUUCUAGAUUGUUUAAGUAUACAACCAUAUUCUAUAAAUUACAUGGAUUACAUGCUUUUUGACCUCUCUCCCCACCCCUGUUACACAUCCUCCUCCCUAUAUUAUGUGCGCUGUAGUAUGGUUGCUUGUGACAGUUGUUUCAUUUAAGUUACUACAGUUAAUGUGGUACAGCUGAAAUACAAAGUCGUAGUUUUUAAAUCGCGGCAACUUUUAAAAGUGAAACGAAACCGUCACUAGUUCGAUGUUACAGCGCACAUAGUAUAGUGAGACUUCAUAGUUUGCAACUGUAUGAAUAAUGGAAAUAUUUUCAAGUUUAUCGAUAAUUGUUAAAUUUUCAUGUAUUAUUAAAAUAUUAGAUAUAUUAAAUUUUGCCUUUCACACCUUGUCACGCUGUGUCAUCCCCCUUAAACGUGUGAUGUAAUAACUAGCCUCUAUUAAUAACUUUAUAUUUAAAACUGCGGAGCAUUUUGUUUAUAUAUUGACCUGUUAUUUAGCGACUUUAAUAAACGCUAUACUUUCGGUAUGAUUCCAUUACUAAUUUGUGAAAAUGAUAAUUAUUUGAAUAUUAUUUUCAAUUUAAUGGCAUUGUAAAUAAAUGUGACCGUUAAUACUUCGAAUGGGAAUAAAUAAAAUGGAUGAAUGUAUUUUUUUUAUAAUAAAACUAAAUAAGUAAUGUCAUAAUUUUUAUUUCAAAAUGUUUAAAACUAAGUGACUUGCAUAAUAUUUAAAUGUUUCCAAUCAGAUAAGUUCCGAUCCGAAUAUAACAAAGUAUUUAUAUUUACUUAAGUUAUGUAUAACAUACUUUAUACUUAGUAAAAG